UUGUCGGCGCUACAAUCUCCAAGCCUCAAGAAGAUUAUUUCUCAUAAAAUGCCAUCCUACUCGGAGCUCAUAAUUAAGUUUACAGUCCAAAUGCUGGCUUGAUGGUGAUUCUACUCCUAAUUUUCCUCAUUGUGAUCCUUUUGCUUCUUCUUCUUCUGGCGGACAUUCUCCAAACACGACUCUUUCUCUUGCCUUACCUUAUUAUUCUGCCAGAUCUUCUCCACCUGCCGAACCUCGUUUACGUGAUAGGUCCAUGUCUCCUCCUAACAGGAAAACUUUUUCUGGCCUAAUAUUUGGAUUUCACUUAGAAGAACUUGAAUUUCUUCGUCUUAUUCCCCGCAGAAAUCCGGACCGAGAGUACAAACUUCGAAGAUACAUUUUUCCUCCCGAUGAACCAAUUCAAUUGAGAACCAAAAAUCGUACCCUUAAGCCCAUGCCAACCGAAGAAAUGCUUGUAUUAUCAACGUUGAGUGGUGACAUCUGGGCAAUACUCGAAAAAACACCAAACAGGCAAAUGGUUCUUCGUGCAAUGUAUAUACCUAUUCCUCUUGUAUAUUUAGGGGCAGAACGGGUCAAAAUAAACAUGUACAGCCGCAAGGUUGAAAAGUUAACUAAAGAAGAAAUAUCAGAAUGUCCAACAGGCAGCAAAAAUCCAAUCGCAAAGUGUUUUAAAAUAAUUCAUCUGUAAACCACAGACCAACGAGAGAAACGGAUGCAACUGACCAUGUAUAUUUCAAAAUAUGACGGAUUUCA